ACGACGGCGGCAGCAGCAGCUGCGGAGCUAUGUCACCCUGCCCUGCGCUCAGCCGAGCUGAGACCUUAUAUGUCCAGAUGCAGGACAGGACUUAAAUUUAGACGGCAAGUUCCAGUUCCUUAAAAAGGUGCCCCAAUCUUGCCGACAUCCCCUGGCAUCCGGAUCCUCCUCCACUCCCAACAUCCCAUCUAAGCUCCCCAGCGUUGCCGACCAUGGAGGGAAAUGAAAACAGGAGCCAGGACCAGGCUGGCCAGAUUUUUGAAAACUUUGUCCAGGCCAGCACGUGCAAAGGCACCCUGCAGGCCUUCAACCUCCUCACCAGGCAACUCGACCUCGACCCACAGGACCACAAGAACUUCUACCCCAGGCUCAAAUCCAAGGUGACCACCUGGAAGGCCAAAGCUCUGUGGAACAAGCUGGACAAGAGAGCUACGCACCGAGAGUUCAAGCGGAGCAGGGCCAGCAUGAGCAGCAAGUGUUUGAUCGUCGGCGGGGGUCCCUGUGGCCUUCGUACGGCCAUCGAGCUGGCCUUCCUGGGGGCCAAGGUGGUCGUGGUAGAGAAGAGAGACACGUUCUCCAGGAAUAACGUCCUGCACCUCUGGCCCUUCACCAUCCACGACCUGCGCGGCCUCGGGGCCAAGAAGUUCUACGGGAAGUUCUGCGCGGGCUCCAUCGAUCACAUCAGUAUCCGGCAGCUACAGCUCAUCCUGUUCAAAGUGGCCCUGAUGCUGGGAGUGGAGAUACAUGUGAACGUGGAGUUCGUCCAGGUCCUGGAGCCUCCCAAAGAUGAAGAAAAUCAACAAAUAGGCUGGCGGGCUGAAUACCUCCCAGCCGACCACCCUCUGUCGGAGUUUGAAUUCGACGUGAUCGUGGGAGCUGACGGACGCAGGAACACGCUGGCCGGUUUCCGAAGGAAAGAAUUCCGCGGGAAGCUGGCUAUCGCAAUCACUGCCAACUUCAUCAACAGAAACACCACAGCCGAAGCCAAGGUGGAGGAAAUCAGCGGCGUGGCUUUCAUCUUUAAUCAGAAAUUCUUUCAGGACUUGAAAGAGGAAACGGGAAUCGACCUGGAAAACAUUGUUUACUACAAAGACAGCACUCACUAUUUCGUGAUGACGGCCAAAAAGCAGAGCCUUCUGGACAAAGGAGUCAUUAUCAAUGACUACAUCGACACCGAGGCGCUGCUCUGCGGGGACAACGUCAACCAGAAUAACCUGCUCUCCUAUGCCAGGGAAGCGGCCGACUUUGCCACCGAUUACCAACUGCCAUCGUUAGACUUCGCCAUCAAUCACUACGGCCAGCCCGAUGUCGCCAUGUUUGACUUCACCUCCAUGUACGCCUCCGAGAACGCCGCGCUGGUUCGCGAGAGGGGCUCCUGUCGGCUCCUCGUGGCCCUGGUGGGCGACAGUUUACUCGAGCCUUUCUGGCCCAUGGGGACGGGCUGCGCUCGGGGAUUUUUGGCGGCCUUUGACACAGCCUGGAUGGUGAAGCGCUGGAACCAAGGAAGCCCUCCCCUGGAGGUUCUGGCUGAACGGGAGAGUCUCUACCGCCUGCUUCCUCAGACGACUCCCGAGAACAUCAACAAGAACUUCGACCAGUACACCCUGGACCCGGGGACCCGCUACCCCAACUUGAAUUCCACCUGCGUCCGACCCCAUCAGGUGAAGCAUCUGUACAUCACUCAAGAGCUGCACCACUUCCCCCUGGAGAGAGCCAGCUCUGUGAGAAGAUCCAUCAGCCUUGCUCGACGGGAAUCCGACAUCCGUCCUAAUACGCUGCUGUCCUGGUGCCAGAAGCAGACGGAGGGUUACUGGCGUGUGGAGGUCACGGACUUGACCACUUCCUGGCAGAGUGGCCUGGCGCUGUGUGCCCUCAUUCACCGCUUCAGGCCCAACCUCAUUGACUUUGACUCCCUUCAAGAGGAGGACGUGGCAGGGAACAACCAGCUGGCGUUUGACGUUGCUGAGCGGGAGCUUGGAAUCCCUCCGGUCACCACGGGGGAAGAGAUGGCGUCCGCCCGGGAGCCCGACAAACUCAGCAUGGUCCUGUACCUCUCCAAGCUCUACGAGCUCUUCGAAGGGUUGCCCCUAAGGGCUGUGGAUUCCACAGGUCAAAACAACGCUCUGUUCUCGGACAACUCGACCGUCUUCAACAGCCACCUGAACCUGAUCCUUCCCAGAAAGCGAACCCCGAGGGUGGAAAGUAAAACUGAAGAAAAUGACAUGAACAAAAGACGACGAAAGACCGUAAGCCAUUUUCCAGAGCCCUCAAGCUUUUCUAACCGGAGCACGGGCUCCGAGCGAGAAUUUGGCCGUUUGCAAGAGGGAAGGAAUCAAAAUAAAGUCAAGUCGAUGGCCAUCCAACUGCAGGCCAAACUGGAAGAGAAUGCCUCAAAUCACUCUCUCAGGAGGCAGCAGAAGAGGGUUCAGAACCUAGCAAAUAGGGAAUUCCAGGCCAAGAACAUAAAGGAGAAAGCUGCUCACCUCGCCUCCAUGUUUGGAUCUGAGCAUUUCCCUCAGAAUAAACUUCCCUCCAAGGGCCUGUCCCUCUCUCACCGUCUCUCCUCUCCUUCUUGCCUCUCAUCUGACUGUUCUGCUGCUGCAAUCACCGCUCCUUCCACUGUUGACUUGGCCUCUCCUGCCCAAAAGCCCUUAGCCUCCACUGCAGAACUCUGCCCUUCUGAAAAGGCUCUGGUCAGAAGAAGCACGUUCCAGCCAGACCCACACCAGAUGACAGUAGGGAAUGUGUCCAGUGGCAUUGGGGCGUUGGCUGCCGUGCUGAUGGAUCUUUAUAGGAAUGACCACAGACCCAGACCCACCUCGGGCGCUCCAGAACGGGGAACUCUGCGCAAAGAAUUUCCCCAGACCCUGGGCGGCAGCGACACCUGCCAUUUCUGCAAGAAGCGGGUGUACGUGAUGGAGCGGCUGAGCGCCGAGGGUCAUUUCUUCCACCGGGAGUGUUUCAAGUGCACCGUCUGUGCCACCACGCUGCGCCUGGCCAUCUACGCCUUUGACGUGGACGAAGGUAAAUUUUACUGCAAAUCGCACUUCAAUCGUGGUAAAGCAAACCCAAACCUAAGGAAGAGGCGAGCAGAGUUGAAGAACUUACAAGAGGAGGCGGCGGUCAAGUGGAAGGCGGAAGAAGCUCAGCCCCCCAAGAGCCCGACAGAGAGCGUUUGCACUACCGACAGCAGCGUCGAGACCCUCCCGCCAGGUUACCAGGACCACUUGGGAGAUGCCCCUACCUCCCCGAAGAAGCCAAGGAGCCUGCCCGAGCGUUACGAUUUUGAGAGUGGCUACUCUUCGGUCUCCUCCGAGUGGCCCUCCGUGAGGGUGGUCCCCGAGCAGGAGAUGACGGAACGCAACCUCCUGGCCAUCCGGGUGUUGGUGACCAGCGACGGGAGCAGCUCAGAGUCCGAGCCGGACCUGGGCGUGGAUUUCUCCAGCUCCGAGGGCUGUGAAGGGAAGGGCCCCCUGCCCAUCGCCGGGUCCCACUGGACGAAGCCCGUCCGCCGCCGCCUCUCCCUGAACGCUCCUCCGGCCGGGCCAAGCAUCCAUCCUGUGGAGUCCAAAGCCGUGGAUGCUCUGCGAAGAGCCUGCAGUUUUCAUUCUUCACCAUCAAACAAGUCUCAGCACUGGAGGAGGAAAUUCCAGUCGAGUCUGAUUGGUUCAAACGGCAAGAGAUCUGGACUAUCUUCCAAGGACCCUGCUUCUUCAGCUCCCGAAGAAGUCUCUCCCCAAGCCCAGGUGACCACUUCUACUGGCCCUUUGGAAAUCACCCGUGGCCACUUCACACCCCCCAGCCUGAUGUUCCAGAGAAGAGCGCCUCCCCAAGAGACGUUCCAGGAAAUCCCCCUCUAUGUGCCUCACUUCCAGGCUAUCGGAGCCAUUACUUCCAAGCCAUCGGAGCAGACCCCUCCGCCCCCCACCCCGGGGUCCACGUCAGGCCAUGAGAGGCCAGAAGUCUGGAGCCUCUCCCCUGCUGGGAAGGCGGAGUGCUUCAUGCCCGAAUCCAGGCACAGGGCCAGGCGGGUGCAGGUCGCUGCGGCCCCCGAAGACCCAGAUGGCCCUCUGGCCCCUCGGAGGGGCAAAGGCGAACCAGAAUCUGGUGAGGGGAAGAAGCAGGGCCUAAAGAAGCUACUUCUCACCCGUGAGCAGAAGUCCAGGCUACUGGACUGGAACGAGGCUGAUUCAGAAGCCCCAGCGUCAAAGGGCACCGAGGAUGGUGGGAAGGGAAGUGCCCCGAGGCUCUCCAUCCUCUCCUGGGGGGCCGGCGAGUCAGGGCCAGACAAGCUUGCAACGGUAAAGGCCAUGGGGAGUGGCCCAGUCGAGAGGCCGGGGGGCCGGCCCAAGUCCCCCCUCCGCCUGAUCGCCAGCGCUAUCAGACGAUCUAUCCUGGAGCCCCUCAUCUCUGGUCCGGAAGCAGGGAAGAAGCCCUCGGACACCAAGCCCAGGCCUCCGGUGGAGGGUCCGGCCCCCUUCCGGGCCCCCCGCUGCGGCCGCUCCGUGAGUCUCCGAGCAACGAGCCUCGGCAGAGAGCAGGACUCCCAGGCCAGGCCUGCGGCCCCCUCCUCGCCACGACCCGCGGGCGGCGCCCCGUCCCCUCAGCGAGGUGACCCGGCCUGGGACCAGUGGUCCCAUGGUGGCGGCCCUGGGGUCCGUGAGGCGGUGGCCCCCACCCCUCCUGGACGCGGAAGCCUCUCUCAGGCCAAAGUAGAAGACGUGCCCUCGCUCCUUGAGAAGGUCAGCCUCCGGGAGGCCCCCCGAGAGCCUCCCUGGGCCACCCCCGGCAUCCAGAACAAGCGGAGGCUUCUCUCUGCAUCCCUCCGACUCCGAGACAGAGCUAGGGAGGCUGGGCUGCUAGAGACUCCCCAGAGCCACGACCACUGGAGACUCCCCAGGAGGAAAGAGGACACCGUAGAUGCCUCUGAGGGCAUAAAUGGACCGUCUCCAUCUUUGCACCCCGUUUCCCUGGGAAGGCCACUCAGAGAUUCUUUAGGAGGAGGAGACUCAGCCGGCUGCAGCCGCAGGCCAUCCAGAGCCCAGACCGGCCAGUACGAGACCUCCUCAUCUGAUGACGCCUUGGAGCCACAGGUUCCCCUGCUCCCUAAGGAAAGGCAGACUCUAAGGAGGCGAAGGAAGCUGGAAAAAGCAAGCAAGCAGUUGGUGAAGCAGGAAGAACUGAAGCGUCUAUACACAGCCCAGGCAAUCCAGCGGCAGCUGGAGGAGGUAGAGGAGCGGCAGCGAGCGGCAGAAAUCCAAGGGGUUAAACUGGAGAAAGCCUUGCGAGGAGAGUCAGAUUCAGGCACACAGGACGAGGCUCCACUUUUGCAUGAAUGGUUUAAGCUGGUCCUGGAGAAGAAUAAAUUAUUGCAGUAUGAGUCUGAGCUCUUGAGCAUGGCCCAGAAGCUGGAACUGGAAGAUAACCAGAGCAGAUGGGAGCAGGAACAAAAAGUGAAAGUGACCUCAGACGAGCACAAGAAAGAAGAAACAGACCUGGAGGAGGAGAAGGAGGAGAGUUUCACCAAGACACUGUGUGCGAUUGAGGCAAGAAGCAAACCCUCGGCUCUUUUAGAGGAGCAGAGUGUCAAGGAGAAGACGGAAGAACAGCUCUUCAAAAGUUCCAUGCUACCCAGGGGAUACCAGCUCAGUCGGACGUGAAUUGCUCCCGAAUUGGCCCUGGGGAGUCCAGGGGGAGCUUGAGAAAUGGAUGGGUGGUCCCCAGGAGAGAGGCAGCUGAAUUAAACAAGGGAGGGGAGCGGGGAACGCUUCACCUCCAUCAGACAGAGGAUACAGCCUGGCCCGCUCUGGAGCCAAGCCGGUCGGAAAGCGAGAUUCGUCAGCUCUCCUCAGGUGGGUUGAGUGGAUGCAAAAACUGGGUUAUCCUUCGUAUUCUUGGAGAUGGCUGGUUCAGGCGCGCCCUUUUCCGCACACCUUUUCUCUCCCCUAUCCCUAGCCACCUUUUUUUUUUUUUUUUUUUGGUUUUUCGGGAGCACGGCUGAACUGAUUGCAGAUGUCACAAAGAAGGGUCAUCAGUUUGAAGAUGAGAUUAAUAUUGAAAAGGGGCUCCUGGAUAAGGAGCCAGAGCCCUCUGCACUGUUGAUGGCAGAAAAUUAAAAGCUGCUGUGGCCAGGUGUCAAAUUCAGUUGUAUUUGCUGACAUAAAUGUAAUGUUCAUAAUGAACGCGCGUUUGAUAGAAGAUAAAAGCCCCGAUUCUGUAAAA